CGUCGUCACGCACAGACCACGGCGGCCCACGCACUACCACCGGCUGUGUUAUACUUUCGAUAAAUCGUAUAUAUUUAUCAUAAUUCAUAAUACACGCAAUUUCGUUCGCCGACUGAACACUCGUGCUACGACUGGGACCGCGGUUUAUAUUGUUAUAUUCAUAUACCUACCGGUAAAGAAUACUGCAGCACCAUCGACCUAUACCAUGGUACUGUUGAACUCGACGCGGUCGUCGAUCGCGGGACGUCGCAACCGGAUCGGAGGGCCAUCGCUGCUGUUGGCAGCCUGCGCGUGCGUCUGCAUAUGCGGCAGUCAGGUCCAGUCGCAGAGAGCCGGCGGUGGUAAUCGGGACGCGCCGGUGGUCAACAUCCGCAGGCAGGGCGCCGUUUCUGGCGUCGAGGUGCCGCUCAACAAAAUCGGACAUCGGGCUUGGACGUAUCUGGGCAUACCGUUCGCCAAACCACCCAUCGGAAAUCUGCGGUUCGCGCCGCCGGAAGUCGAUCCGCCGCCCGCGUGGAGCGGCGUCCUCGCCGGGACCGUGCACAAGCCCGCUUGUAUCCCGGACCCGCCUGUUCGGCCGCAUCCCGUCCACCGACUGUUCACCACAGUCACACCGGGCCCCGUCAAGAUUUCCGAGGACUGUCUGUACCUGAACGUCUACAGGCCUGAAGGUGCGGUGCCAGAAGAAAAGUUUCCAGUUAUGGUUUGGUUUCAUCCUGGCGAUUUUCAUUGGGGAACGCCAAUAUAUUGGGAUGCUUCGGUUUUGGCCGCUAGACACAAAGUAAUCGUGGUGACAACGGCGUACCGGUUGAACAUAUUGGGCUUCUACACGGACAACACUGCGGAGGCGUCGGGCAACUGGGGACUGCUGGACCAGGCUGCCGCGCUGGACUGGGUGCAGCGGAACAUCGACAGCUUCGGCGGCUCGGCGCAGAACGUGACGGUGUUCGGACAGGGCUCGGGCGCGGUGAGCGUGGGCCUGCACGCGGUGUCGCCCGUGUCCCGGGACAAGUUUCACCGGGCGAUCAGCAUGAGCGGGAACGCGCUGCUCCGGACGGCCGUGAUGCCGGCGGACGGGCCGGACGCCGUGCUGGACGCGCUGGCCGACAAGUUCAACUGCUUCCGGAACACGUUGACCGGAUGCCUGCGGAACGUGGACGCCGAGGCGCUGGUCAAGGGCGGCGGCUCGCUGACCCGCUGGGGCCCGGUGGUCGACGGCCCGGCGCUGGCCAACGACAGCAGUGGCCAAGACCCGUUCCUGCCGGACACGCCGGCCGCGCUCAUGGACGACGGCCGGUUCGCCGCCGUGCCGCACAUGAUCGGCUACAACCGGAUGGAGGACGCUUUCGGCGCUUUCGACGCGUUCGACGGGAUGAACGGCGGCGGUGAGGGCAUAACCAGAGAUCGGUUCGAGGCGCUGGUCCGGGAAGGCGUCGACGACGACGACGAGGACGAUCGUCGGGCCCGUCAGUUCCGGCGACUUCAGCAGCAGCAGCAGCAGCAGCAGCAACAGCAGGCAGCCACCACGGUAACCACUGGCGAAUCGGUCGGCGGACUUCCGGACGGCGGUGACGUAGCGGACGACGACAGUAACUGUACGUUCGACGCGGGCUUCGUGGUGGACACGGUCGUGUUGCGGUACGCCAGGCAGACGGACGACCCGGAAACGCUGCGCCGGAACUACGUGAUCAUGGCCGCGAACAAGGCGUACGGGGCCACCGGGCACCGAGUGGCCGGAUACGUGUCGCGUCUGAACGCCACGUACGUGUACCGGUACGAGUAUAAGCUGCGCGCGACCAAAGCGCUGCCGGCCGCCGCCGAGUGGAUGGACGCGCCGCACGGCGUCGAGCUGCCCGUCGUGUGGGGCAUGCCGUACUGGCCGUCGGCCUCGGCCAUCGACUGGACGGCCGCCGACCGCCGGAUGUCGGACACCGCGAUGGCGUUGUGGACGAACUUCGCGCGGCACGCCGACCCGGCAUACCGGUCGGCCGGCGUCAACGUCCGGUGGGACGAGUACGAUCCGCGCAACCCCCGGGUCAUGGUCCUGGACAAGGUGCCGAACAUGUCGCAGCCCGAACAGGAACCCGAGUUCUGGAACGAGUACUAUCCCAAGGUGCUGGCCGUCGCGCUCCAGUGCUGUCCCAAUCGCACCGUGGAAUCGGCGGCCACCGCCGUCCACGAGGGUCCCGGGUCGGCCGCUCUCGUGGCGCUCGUCCUGGUGGCACUGUCUUCGUCGUCGUUGGUCUCGGGCUGGCCGUCGCUGCUGGCGUGAGCACACGCGCCACACGAAUGCCAACCUAAUAUUAUUGACACGUAGUCCGGACGGUGAUCACUACAGUACAAUAACAAUAUUACGCGUUACUAUGCUGCGAACUUUAUAAUAAUAUUAUUGUAUCGUCAUCGUUCUCGUCGGGUGUGCGAAACGCGUUUCGAAUAUUUUUCCAAUAUUAUACGUCGUAUUCAACUGCAAUGGAUAUCAGACAGUGCGUGUGCGUGUUUUUAAACAGUGAAAACUGCUUAAUGUUUUGAUUUGAUAAUUUUUAGUAGGUACGAUGGACUAUAUUAUAUAGAGAAUCUUUUUUUCUACAACCUAUAGGUACAUGCAGUUUUAUUGAUUUAUGUUGUCCUUAUUUAUUUAUCAUCGUGUCAUUUGACGAAAAUA